AUGGUCCGGAGCUGUCUGGGUCUGCGUCUGCAUCCGAGUGUCAUGGCGGCGACGAACCAGAUGCGGCGGCUCGGCCUGAACAUGAUCGCAAUCCGAAUAUCACACAGCACGAUGGGCUCGCGGGGAGCUCCAAAUGGCCUGAGAGGAUUGUAUUCGAAAGAGGGAUCGCCGGCACCGGGGUAUUUAUGCGUCGCCCACGGCCCACACACACACGCCGGCGCCGCUCUCGGCGGCUCUCGUGCGGCUCUCGUGCGGCUCUCGGCGGGUCUCGUCUCGCCAACAGCGGGCUCCGCCACACCGAUCACGGCGUGGCUUGGCCACUCCAAUCGCGGCGUGGCUUGGCCUCCGAUCCGGGUCCAGCCGGGUCCAGCCGCACUCGAGCCGGAGAUCACGUCCAUAAAGCAGGCCCUCGAGGCCACCGGUGCUGGAAACCAAGACCCUCCAACCGAGGACGAUGCACUCGAUCCUGGCACAAGCAGAAGUCCGGCCGAACGGGAGCGCAAGUGCUCAUCGACCUCACGACCUGGAAUAUGAAUCCUUUGUUCCUGUUUGUGAUCGAGCCGCUGGGCUUGCAGAUCGGCUCGCCCGCCCCAAUCGUCGCACACUCAAGUCGAACAGCGCCCACGCCUUCAUCAAGGUUUCCAAAAUCGUUUCAACCGUCGGAACUUUGUAGUACAAAAAUGA